GAGUGGGGGUGAGUGCGGUGGGGCUGGUCUCACACAGACACGCAGCAGGACGAGCUGCGGUGGUCACAGCUGCAGCUGCCUCUCCCCCAUUCACCCCCCAACCGCUUGGAGUCUCAGGAGGCUGAAGACACCCGUGACAUGCCCCUGUGUCUCUCCCCUUCCAGGCUCGAUGGGCCACACUUCAGCUGUCUGUACCCAGAUGGAGUCUUCUACGACCUGGACAGCUGCAAGCACUCCAGUUACCCGGAUUCAGAGGGGGCUCCCGACCUGUGGAGCUACGGCCUCAGUCCAGCUCUCCCUGCCGCUUCCUAUGAAAACUUUGACCCGGCUGUGGCCACCUUCAGCCACCCCCAGGGUGUCCAGCUCUGUUACGGACCCUCAACCUACCCCCCUGGGGGGAACCUGGACCCGGCCCCCAGCCUGGAGGCCCCAGGGCCCGGCUUCCCAGCGUACCCCAUGGAGGACUUCACCAGCCAGACCCUGGGCCCCCCAGCCUACACCCCAUACCCCAGCCCCGUGCUGUCAGAGGAAGAGGACCUCUUGUUGGACAGUCCUGCCCUGGAGGUCUCGGACAGCGAGUCGGAUGAGGCCCUCGUAGCUGGCCCCGAGGGGAGGGCAUCUGAGGCAGGGGCCCGCAAGAAGCUGCGCCUGUACCAGUUCCUGCUGGGGCUGCUGACGCGCGGAGACAUGCGCGAGUGCGUGUGGUGGGUGGAGCCGGGCGCCGGGGUCUUCCAGUUCUCCUCCAAGCACAAGGAGCUCCUGGCGCGCCGCUGGGGCCAGCAGAAGGGCAACCGUAAGCGCAUGACCUACCAGAAGCUGGCACGCGCCCUGCGCAACUACGCCAAGACCGGCGAGAUCCGCAAGGUCAAGCGCAAGCUCACCUACCAGUUUGACAGUGCGCUGCUGCCCGCCGCCCGCCGGGCCUGAGCCCAGGGCGGCCUCUCGGGGGGCUCUCAGGCGCCCCCACACCCUAGGUCAUAGGACCCGCGGAUCCCCCACACUGGUGGCAGGGGCGGGGCGCUGUCAUAUUCCCGGGGCCCUGGUCAGGGCCCCUCUGGGACCCCUCCCCAGUCGUGUCUGGGGCCCCUUUGGGAUUCCCUUUUCAUGUCCAGGGUCCCCAAGACCUUCAUGUCUUGGGUCAAAGGACCCACAGACUAUACUCUGUGUCUGUGUGGAGUAGGGGGCAGGGUAGGGUGGCGUGAGCAGUGCUUCCAGAAUCUCAAGAGCUUCCCUGGAAUCUCCUUGUGAUGUCUGCGAUCCCGGGACCUCUCUGAGAGCCCUCAAUCUCAUCUAGUGGAGGGUGAGCCUGCAGAUCACCACACCAGGAGUGGGGCUCAGCCAGCAACCCUAAGCCCUGUCCAGAUCUCUCCGGGAUCCCCUUCUCAUGUCUGGGUCCCUCCUGUCAGAUCUGAGAUCUCCUAGUUAUGUCUGGGUCCCUUUGGGAAACUUUACAAGUCUCUGUGCCCAUCUGUUACUCUCUCGGUCUAUCUGUCUCCCCCCAAUCCCUUUGUCAUCUUUGAGAUCCCCUAAUUCUCUGGAACCACCCUGCUAUCACUGUUUUAUGUCAGGAACUCUCCAAUCACAUCUAGGGUGCCUCCAGGAUCCUUUUGCCAUGACUGAAAACAUCCUUGUCAGGUUUGCGGGGGUGGGGGGGGAACCUUGUCAUGUUGGGCCAACUCUGGGGUGCUCUUGUUUGCCUGGGAUCCUCCAGUCACAUCUGGGAUCCCCAUCUGAUAUGCCUCUCUGGUGACCCCACCAACAGCCCUAAGUUCUCACGGGGACCCUCCCCUCCUGGAAUGUCCUUCUCUGGGCCAGGGUGGGGAUCGUUCUGGCCAUUCAACUGAUUUCUGGGGGAUUCUGGCAGCCCUGGCCAUGCCAGUUCUAUCCAGAGACUGCACAGUCCAGCAAUGGUGGGCCAGCUUUUCGGCUGGAUCAGGGUGGUGGUCCCUCCUAAUGGGGCUUCUGUCCUCUGAUCUGUCCAAGUCCCCGCCACCCUGGCUGUCAUACCCCAGCGACUUCUCUCCGGUGCCCCUUGGCCCCAACCAUUUUCGUGUGAGCCCAGCCUGAGUUGAAGCCUAGAUGAACUGUGGGAGCUCUGAUUGGAACCCAAGGAGGAGUAGAGGGGUGUCAGAGGCAGUGGGCCAAGAAGCCAGAGUCCCAGGUCCUUGAACCUGGCUGGCUGGAGGAUCUAGGGUGAAAGACUUGCUGCUUCUGGGCCAGUUUGAGGAAGAGGCGGAAGAUCCUGAAAAUCCCUCGCAGCCCUGUCCAGUCUUUGAUACAUCUCCUGAAAUCCACCCAUCUACCCGCUGAUGGCCGGAAGGAAGACCAGGAAGGAGCAUCAAGGACCCAGAGAGGGAAGAGGUCCUUGCAGGGGCACACAGGGGCCAGUAGUAGAGCCCACGCUGCUGUCAAGAGGACAGCAGCCCCGCCCGCCCCACCCCUGUGGCGGUGGAGGGGGAGGGGCGUGCCAGGGACAAAAUGUCUUCCUGGGGGCCUCCUCUUGCAAAUAAAGUACCUGCUGCAAAAA